AACCGUAUAAAGUUGGGUAAGGUAAAACGUUCGAAUGAAUGAAGCCAAUCGCGAGCGAACGCCCUGUACUCCCGUGUCAUUGAUUGGUUGCAGCAACGCGGUGAAGCUGAAAGAGUUAUCCUUCGUCCUUUCCUAAGGAUUAAAUAAGCAGGGAAACCGUAGCCAGGAUCACAUAUCAGAGAAGGGGACCACUACAUAGCAUCACGCUCGACUUUCUUCGCGAGCAGUUUCGCUAGCGCUUGCUUAGCGUUUGUAACAAACGUCAGAAUUGUCAUCACACAACAUUACAUAAAUAGUUUUGACCGGCACACACGUCGAGAGAACGAUGUUUCGCGCAUAAAACUAUUCAAAUUCGCGAAUCGAGUUUUCCAAUUUUGGUGACCAGUGAAUUGAGUGUUUUUUUCGCAUAGUGAUUUUUUACAAUUUUAUUUUUAUUCAAAAUAUGGCCGUGUUUAGAUACUGCGUUUGUUUCAUCUUAGCGGCUAAUUUUGCCGGGAUUGUGUUGGGCAGGAAUAAAGCCCCCCUUAUCGAUGAUGAUAACAUUAAGACCAGAGUCAAAGCAGCCGAAUGCGUAUUCGACAAGCAAGUGAGAGAACUGGGCGCCGUAUGGGUACCCGACUUGGGCCCCCCGAUUGGAGUUUUACCUUGCAUGAGAUGUAAAUGUGUUCCGUACCACAAAAAAAGGAGAAUAGUAGCAAGAGUUCAGUGUUCCAGCAUUAAGGACCAAUGUCCAGUUCCAUCAUGUGACGAACCCAUCGUUUUGCCGGGCAGGUGUUGCAAAACAUGCCCAGGAGAUAUAAGUCCCGAUGCUAGUCAAGACGUCGUCCCACAACCCAUUGUCGAAUUAGACGAGAAGAGCGGCAAACAUUUUGCUGCUUUACUAACUGGACGUUCAGCUCUAGCUAUCAAAAACGAGUUUUCCAAACCCAUCAGUCCUAUGAACAAGAACAAUGUAGUCGCCACUGGAAGGUUUUCCGUUCACAGAAGAAACCUUUACUACUCAUUUUACAUUUCUGAGAAUGCAGCCCGACCGCAAUCACUUCAGUUCCUUGACCAGCAAGGCAACAUUUUGGAGGAGUUCACACUUUCCCACACGGGAGGAUUUGUAAACAGCCUCUAUCAAAAUGCCUCCCGGAAAGUUUGUGGAGUGUGGAGGCGAUUGGCCAAAGACUACAGGAAAUUGUUAAAGCAGGAGAAAAUGUUCGCAGUGUUGGUGUGGGGUGUGAAGGAUCAAGCGGAAUUUACUCUGAGUGGACAGAUUUUGAAGAAUGGGGCUCUACCAACGGAGUUGCUCAGUGCUCUUCUCGAGCCUGCUCCGGGAUCAGACUCACUUUCAAUGACUGGGGCUGGCGGCACUGCCAUUGUCUCCAUUUCAACUUCAGUUACACCUUCUAUAAAUGUGGCGAUUAUCUUUAAUGGACUGUUUAUGCCGGCAGAAGUAGCGAAUAUCCCAAUAAACAUUACAUUGUCUAUGGACGAGAGGAAGCAAAUAGUUCUCCAGGAGACUGUUCAAGUUUCAAAGCCUGCCACUGAUAUAAACGUUGUGAAUGUGAGCUCAUCAAUUACACAAGCUCACUUGCGCUAUUUGACCAGAGGACGAAUUAUUAUAAGUGUUACUUCUGUAUCGAAACCCGAUGCCCUGAAACUAAGUGGCAACGUUAUCACUAAAGCUUCUUGUGAAAUGUUCCAAACAACCCUGUCCUCUGCAGCAAAUACUCCAAAUCCUGAUGGGGUGUCCGGAAUGGCAUGGCUCUACUUGAAUAAUGUUGGAUCAUUGAUCUACAACAUCCAAAUCGAUAAAUUGCCUCCGAAAGAAAAUCCCCCUAUUAUCACACUGAUCGACACGAGCUCCAAAAAGAAAACUGAGCUGGAAGAUUUGACUCCUUAUUUUCACGGAGAUGGCUGGGCUAAUGGUACGUUGGACAAGCUCACCCCUCGAGUUCUAGAGCCGUUGUAUUCUGGAGAUUUGGCAAUAAACGUAGCCACUACAAGUGAUAACAGCUUGAUCAAAGGAAAACUCAUUUCUAAGCCGGUUGAUGAGGCACGAGACGCAGCAGCUCCAGUUUUACUCAAGAGAGAAUACACCAACUUAUCAACUGGUACUGUAGGCUUAGCAUGGAUUUCUGUGGACAAUGAUUGUCACUUACACUACGAUAUAUCCAUGACAGGCAUUGGUCAAGGUCGUAAAAUGGAACUCUGGCUGGAACUUUACCCAAUGAUUGCUCCUGGCGCUCCGUAUAUAAAUAAACAAUUGGAUGCGUUUGAAGGCAAUUCCGUAGAAGGAUCUCCAGUGGAAGUGCUAACCGAUGACGAGUUAAACAGACUGGAAAAUGGUGUUAGUUUUUUGAAGGUUAAGGAUGAACGGUCCAAGAUGGCUCUUCUGAUCGCGACAGUAACCAAAGUUUCCAUUCCGCCGCCUUGCAGGCCGUACUCAUCUCCAGACUUUUCCCUUAUCAGUCAGCACGAUAUCAUCCCUAUCAUUUCCACCGGCGAAUGUUUCUUCGAAGAAAAGUUCUAUAAGAAUGAAGAAAUUUGGGUUUCCGCGAAGAAUCCUUGCCAAAUGUGCUAUUGCCAGGACGGUUCCGCCAAAUGUGAUUUUAUGACUUGUCCAGCCAGCAAUUGUACUGAAGGCAAGCAAAUAACGAUAACAGGAGAAUGUUGUCCGUUGUGUGUAAACAACUCUAUCCCUGUGAGGGAGUACAAUGGCCAGAAAUGUACUCUUAGCGGAAAAUCAUACUUGCCAGGUACCAGAUUCCACCCGUUCCUAAUUCCCUUCGGUUUCGAUAAGUGCACCGAAUGCUACUGCGAUCCGGAUUCGUAUCAAAUCAGGUGUAGCCGAUUGAACGACAAUGAAAAGCACUGCUGUCCGAAUUGCAACAAGAAGACAUUCGAUAUCAACGAUCCGCUUUCCGACGAUUUUGUGUCCAGAGAAGUUUCAGAUUAUUCUGUCAAGGACCAUGGCAGCGAGUACCAGAAGAAGAAGGAAAAUAUUGCAGCGAAAAUUUUGGAGGAGGGCGGUUGCAAAAACCCAAGCAAUCCAAAGAAACCAUUUGCUAAUGGGGCCGAAUACCAUCCCUACAUUGACUCUCUGGGAGAGUACAAGUGCGUUACCUGUAAAUGUCAG